GUUCACAAUUUGGUGAGUACACAAUUCCAUAUUGUCAACUUCCUUUGACUUGCUUCAAACAGUGUGGUUAUACAAUUUUAUUUUAGUUUUUUUUACCUGCAUACAGGAGAACUUCUUGAUUUCUGAUCCCCUGUUUGUUCACAUGUUGAACAAAUUUUUAAGUCUUCCGUGUUUCCCGCAGGCUUUAUUGUACAAUUGGGACACAGAUCAGUUUGAGGUGCCGAGCAGGGCAGCAGAGUUCACCUUCAACAAAAUCAGAUCAGCACUAGAACAUAGCAAAUCACAGCUCCUUUGUAAGGAUGUCAGCACACUAGCCAAAAGUGCUUUAGUGGACAACCAUUACACUGUCUCUUGUUUGGAGCGACAACAGGGGAUUCGGUGGAUUGCAAAGGAAAGAUUGACAUUUUUCCUUCGAAGCAGAUUCUUCCACGAGUACAGAUUAUCAAAGCUGUUGUUUCAGUGGGCCGGUCAUAUAAAUAUCUCUAGAAAAUACAGCUCUCAUCUACCGUCGGCCACGUUUGGGGACAAGGAAAAUGUCAACGCCUUGGAUACACAAACAGGACUGUGUGCUUGCAACUGCAACACAUCUAAUCAAGGUUGUGCGAAAAUACAUGAGCCAACACAUACAUCACCUGGCUAUAAAGGACAUACCCACAGAUAUCUCAGUGAAUCAUCCAGAUGUUUCAAGCCGUCUACCUCUUCCUCCAACCAGAACAGUGCCAAUAUCAACAUAAAAAAGACAGCAGCUGCAUCUCAAGUCAAGCAGCUACAUGAAGAGGCCUCUGACCUGCAUUUGGGCGACCUGGCUGUCCAAGUGGUUCAACAGGUGGUUGAGAAUGCUAUAUUCAUGUUGAAAGCACAGAAGCAGGGAAACAAAAGUGACCUUUUCAACAUGGACACAAAUUGCAAGUAUACAGGCUGGCCAUGUUCAGUUAAUGAGAAUACAAAAGCACCCUGUCAAGAAUGCCAAAAAUGGAGUCAAGCGAGUUGGAGCACAGACUUUGAAAUGGAGAUUUGCUACCAUAAUGGCGGUCACCUAGGAAACCAACCAGGCAUGGAUGAUUUUAAGCUGUUUUUGCGUGGCACACAAGGAGGCAAGUUGUUAAAUCUCUGGUUGGACAUAGAGACACUGAAAGCUAUCAACAGCGAGCGGAAAAAAAGCUUUUUGGCUUUAAUAAGGAGCCGUUAUCUGUUGAGGAGCAGUCAGAACAGUCUGAAUAUGGACUUGCUGUGUAGAUUGGGGCUGGCUACCUCCCCCUGCUGGACAAAAGAAAGAUUGUGCUCAAUACAGCCCAGCCUUAUGGAGUCCAUCUCCUCCUACUGGAUUCCUAGAUACUGGACAUCCCAGCACAUGCAAAUAAAUCUUUAUUAUUAUAACAUCGAGCAGAGGAAAGAGUGCUGCAUUAGCCCUCAUUUUGCCUUGUUGACCUCUCAAUCAAUUUUCUCUGAAUCCUGGUCGUCCAGAUCUCUUCACAAAGGUUAUACACAGCGGUCCCGCCCAAGCAGAACUCAGUCAUAUGGCUGCACAAGACUGGAAGACAUUUUACAGGCACUAUUUGUCGACCCUGAUGCUGGUUCAUACUUCACUCACUUCUGUGAACAGUCUGGAAACCAGUUGUGGCAGAAUGCAGUUUAUUUUUGGAAUGACCUCCAGCAUUAUCAUGAGCUCUUCUACCAGGAUGGGCUAGAUCCCUACCGAGUGCAGAGAGUGGCUCAGGUCCUCUACUACACAUACAUCCACAGUUCUGCCAGCAGGAGCAUUAGAUUGAAGGAAGCGAUCAGGAAGGAGGUUUCUGACCACUUGAUACCUGCUUUUGAAGAGCUCUUUGAUCAAGUUGAGGAUCACAUUUUGAGCAUCCUCAUGGAGGCUUGGACAGUGCUUGUUGGCUUGGACAAAAAGUCCUUCCUGCAGGUAUGUGUAUACGAAGAUGUACGAUAUGUCGACACUUGGGAACACAGGGAGCUCCAGCGCUUGUACUCUGAGUCUAUGCAAAACAUCAACCAGUUGGUGCAGAAGAGUAUGACAUCGCCAUCCAAUAAUUCAUCCAGAUUCUUUUCUCAAGGCCACCUGGACUUUGAGUCUUGGUCCAAUGUGCCUUCACAGUACCAAGGCUAUCGCUUAGGCUCCUUGCUUCGCCACCAUCAAGAGAUCUGGCACUUUAUGUCUUUCCUUGAGAAUGAAGAUGCCAGUAUUCACCUGGAAUGCUGGCUGGACAUGGAGCAGUACAGGAGGAUUCCUCAGACGAACAAGGCAGUGAGACAGGCCCGAUCUUCUCACAUCGCAAGGAAAUAUCUUAACGGAAACUACUUUUUUGGCUCCCAAAGUCCUGCCACAGAAGAGGAGCAGAAUAAUAUACUGCACUUGACUGGUGGACUGGAACUUCUGAAACGUGAGUGUCUCUCAAAGACUGUUACUGUGGAGAUCCAGGACAUCAUUAGAGCUCACAUUGAGAAAACAUGGCUGCCUCAAUUUCUGGCUACAAGGGAGUUCACAGAACGGCAGAAAGGCAAACCAAAGGACAGCUCUCAAAGACAAAAGACAAGAAAAGGCUGGAAGAGUCAGGACUUGUGGAUGAGUUCCUCUACGGAAAUCCUUCUUUUUCGACGGUUUCUCCUCAACCCUACUUCCUGCUUGCAGUUCCAGCACUUUGUCUCUUGUAAGGGUGGUUUUCUGGAGAAUGACUUGCUCUUUUGGUUGGAGGUGCAGAGGUACAAGGACCUCUGCCAUUCUCACAGUGACGAAGCCACUAUUCAACAAAAGAUCUCCACAAUCAUCAAGUGUUUCAUCAAUUCGUCCAGACCUCCAGCCUUGCAGAUAGACAUCCCUCUGGAGCAGGCACAAAGCAUGAGAGAGAAACGGCAUAAACUGGGCCCUUACAUCUUCAGAGAGGCACAGAUGUCUGUGUUCAGUGAGCUGCUCAAGUUUUGGCCCGAGUUUCAGGAGCUCAGGAGCAGCGUACAUGAAGAUCAGCUAUUGGAAAGGCUUCUGGACGAAAGACUCAAACACAAAGCCAGAGUGCGGCGACAAAGGAGGAAGGAGGAGGAAGACGAAGCAAGGAGAGCUAAGGAAGAUGUGAAAAGUCUAGAUUCCAGUUCUGGUGAGGAUGCAGAUGUCAGAAAUGAUGAUGAUGGGGGAGUAGAAAAAAGAAGAGGUGAAAGUAGAGAUUCGAAGACACCAAGUGGCUUGAUGCCAUUUACCCAAGUACCGUUGUCGUGGUCUUACUCAAAAUACAUGGCAGCUCUUAAAAGGGAGGAAGUGCUACUAAGGCGACAGAGUCAGAAGGAAGCAUCAUUCUCUACAUACUCAGCAUCCUCCGACAGCAGUGUGAGGUCAACAGGAAGCAGACACAGCCACCGGUCGACCUCACAGCACUCCUCCCGAUCACGACACGGGAAGUAAACACAAAAACGCAAAUGAGGUGUUGCAGGGUUACUCAAACGCAUUUGAAACCAAAGGAAACAGUUGUCUCUCCUCUUGGUGGGAGGCAAAAACAUGUAAAAAGAACAUACAAAUGACCAAAAUACACAAAUCUGCCCAGUGAUUUGUGAUAAAUACAUUGUUUUUAUUAGAAAUUGUGUCCAAAUAUAAUUUUAAAGGCAUAGUAGCAAAACCUUACACAGAACCCAGGGGUACAAUAAUGUUUUAAAAGGCAAAAACACGAGGGCUUAGCGUCAGUGUACAGUGACAAACAGUGUUACUGUGAAACAUUACAUCAUUUGGUUGGCAGCUGGUGUUUGUUGCUUAAUUUACUCUCGCUUUUAUGUCCUACAUAGGGCUGCUGAGCACAAAAUACAGAUGUACAAAGGCAUUUUUGAGAGGUGUAUUAACACACAAGGUAUACACUUAUAAAGCAUAGUUCUUAUUGGGUCAGUUAAAAAGUGCAGAAGUUCUCACAACAUAUUAAUGGAAUCCAAUCUGUAAGGCUUUAUCCUUUACCAUGGUGAACUUGCUGACGAAAACCUUGGCAAAAGCAGGUUCGACCAGGUAGCGGUAAGACUUGGCGACGGAGGUCGGCGGCUCAGCGAGCGUCACCGGAGGCUGCAGCUGUAGUGACGAAGCGGAGGGAGGAAAAUAGUGGGAGGCUCGCUUGAUGUAUUCUACCAGACGCUGAUACUGCAGCUCUGAAAGACGCUCUCGCACACCUUCGCCCUGAGAGAGGACAAAACAGCACGGCUAUGUCAACGUUGGCCUUCUAGUAAAGGUGCAACAACUAAUCGAUUUUUUUCCCGGCAGCUAUGAGCAGUCCCGUUUGGGUCCUUGUUUGUAUGUAAUGUGAGGCUGCACGCGUGCGCCAGUGAUUAGAGCAAGAGAGAGUUCACUGCUACACUCAGGUUGCUGAAUCAAUAAUACAGGUAGUCCCCGGUUACGACGUACCCGACUUACGUGAUUUCGACUUUACAACGACAAAGUCUCGCCCGGCAUUUUGUCUUCAGUCGGUUUGAAAAAAUUCUAAUGUAGACUUUUGUUUUGUGAUGCAUGUUUUUAAUUUGGCGCCGAUAGUACUUCUGCAUGUGAGAAACAGCGCAUGUACACACUAAGAAGUGAGAGAGAGGGGAUAGUUUACAGCUGCCAGCCUGCGCGCACAUUUGUUGCUUGUGAAAAUUCCAUGGAGGCAACGCCCGUAUAUAACACCUUUCAUACUGUUUAUUGUGCGUUUUCAAUUGUGGUCGAAUAUUUGGGGUGAGUUUAUGUGGAUUGUUAUAAAACUCAUUUCAUUUUGAUUUUAGAUACAUUCUGCAACUGUUGAUGCAAUGAGCACCUGAAUAAAGUCAGCAAACCACGCGGACAUCUGACAUUGUCAUUUCGUAGCCUAGCUCAAACGUCUUGGCGAGGACAAUACAAUGAUGCUGUACUGUAUUACAAGGCGUCGAGAGUUAAAUUGCCUUUUGUGUUGUUAGAUCUAGUGUGCUAGUUAAUGAAGCCAAAUGUAUUGUUUGUAUUCUUUGUUGAUGAUACAUUGCUAAUCAGUGUCUUAAGUGUCCGUUUGUAUUGUGUUUUGGAGAAGCGUAGUAGUAAGAGUUAGAUAGUAAAGUUGUCUCAUUUCUUUUUAUGAAGAAACCACACAAAUACUCCCAUUAAACUGUAAAUUGUCAUACAAGAGUGUGCUUUGAAAUUGGAUUUGAACUGUAUUUAUGAACAACUGUUUCAUUACAGUGUGCCUCCACCAUAUUCAAUUUUGUUUAAGAAAAUAAAUGAAUGAACAGGAAUUGUUUUUGUUCUAUACUCAGAACUUUUAUUGAAAACUAACACGUUUUAUGUACUUGAAACAGUACAGUUGUAGGCUACCUUUAAGAAAAUGGAAUAAAAUAUUAAUUUUGAAGGAAAUACUAAUCCAUUUU